AUGUAUGGGUGGAAUGAGUUCGACCACGUUAGGGUUCAACCACUUACUAGCUUAGGACUUGAAGUAAGUCCUCAAAUGCUUAGCAUAGAAAAAAAUAAUAAUUCACUAAGAAUAUCUGUGGGUCGGAAUAUAUUACAAAAAUGUGCGAACUUAGUUUUACAAAAGCAUUCUAACUAUCUUAGGGAUUGGAAUAUCGAGGAAAAUGAUUCGCAAAACUUCGUAUAUUUUAACCGAAAAGCUUUACUAGAAUGUUCACUAUGUAAACGUAUACAUGACAAGGAUCAGUGGUGGUUCGGUCAUGUAUAUACCAGCAGUGGAACAUUCAUUGUAAAAUGCUUCUGGCAAUGUAGUGAUGAACCAGGGGAAGUUUUUGAAUGCGACCCAUCUAUUGCAGAAAAAAUUCAGCAAGAAAAUAAAAAUCCUCUACAAUCCUCCUAUAAGGUAAAGGCUCUGGGCUUCCCUAAAGCCUUUGUAAAAAUACCAUCUUGGGUCAAAUAUAGUGAGACCCUUACGGCUACAGAAACUUAUAAUGAAAGGUAUGUAAGACCAUUACCCAAUGAAGACGAUAUUUAUGUGGGAUCGCCUUGGGAAAUAGGAAAAACCUAUAUUCUUGAAAAUUUGGCUAUCCCUAAUGAUGUAAAUUUGCUAGUAUUAUCCACGCGCCAUUUUUACUCAAACGCUGUUACUACAAGGCUUAAUCUUAAGUCAUAUUGCGAUAUCAAUGGUAAUAUAAAUCUACCUGAUCAUAAGAGGGUAGUAUGUCAGAUAGAAAGCUUACAUCGUAUUACCAAUAAUUAUGCGAGGUGCAUUAUUGUAAUGGACAAUGACUUAACUGACCUCAACAUUGAAUGGAUUAAGGCCCUUCGCAAGAAUAGAGUAUUUUCAAUUAUCCAUAACACUUAUCAACCACAGGAAGAAUCAGAAAAGCGUUUCGCUUAUUUGCCAUCUCAAAAAGGAUGUCAAAAAUCGUCUAAUGUUCCCAUUACAGAAGAAGUGCUAUUUCGAUGGUUGUUGAAUGCUAAACGUGAAUGUCUCCCCCAAGAGCUUCAGAAUAGAGGAAUAUUUCCGGAUAUCGACUCUAUUAUUCAGAAUAAGGAAGUACCAACUAUUCAACUUAUUUUUAAACCUAAAGAUAAUACGAUAUCAUUAUUCCAGACAGUAAAGGUGAGUUCAUCUAUCAUUAAAAUGGAAGAAAUUUCAGAUAUUUCAAAUACCCGUAUUCUUGAUCAUGAGAUAGCUGAGAUUCCGCCUGAAUCAUUGACCGAAGAAUUCAUAUCGAAGUAUGGGAAUUAUAAUCAUAUGAAAUGGUUCAGAGCUUAUAGACAGUUACGAGACGCUGGCAUUAACAAUGAAACAGCUGUUGAGGCUAUCAUUCACAAAGAUUAUAGAGAAGAUAAACUUAUCAUAGCUACUCGAGCUGAGAAGCAUCGAAUUUGCUUGGAAUUACUAAGGAUCUAUACACCUGCUAAAGACAUUGAUGAUAGGACACGAUAUAAAUCUGAUGAUGUCAAAAAGUGCUUAAGUACUCCUGAAUCAAUAUUGUAUCUCCAGGGUUUAGUGCCUAAAAUGACUCGAGUAUUUGAUAAUACAGAUGCAUCGCGCAGUGCUAAAAAAUUGGGAUUAAAAACAAUCCGAGCGAAACUUAGUUUAUUAAAUGCAUCCCUUUACACAACUUAUGGAUUGAAAUUUAAGGCUGUUGAUAAGAGGGAAGAAAUUUAUUGGAAAAAUGGUAAAGAUAUUCGAUAUGGAUAUAGUAAGAUCCCAUCUGAUGAAUUAUUAUUAGGUAAUCUUUCUAGUUCUAGCAAAGUUGAUAAUACGCAAAUUUCAGAAGAUAUUCAGAAUUUAUUUGAUAUAUUACGAAGAAGACUACACUUAUUCAAGUAG